AAGCUGGCGGUCGAGCCAGUCAGUUCAAACGCGUCGCAAGUGUCGCGCGUUUCGUCUUCCACUUUGUGAAUUGGCAGUGAAUCGCGCACCAUCUCUCGUUACGUAUUUCGACCGAUUCCCGCCGCGACGCGCGUAUAACGGCGUGACGAGCAGUGCGUGGAAAUCGACCACCGCGAUAAACAAGACAUCCUCGCCCUAACAAGAACGAAUCGCGAGAGUCCGUCAACCGGGAAGAUGACGGAUGUACAAGUGAAUUCGAACAAGGACGACACCGGCAGCAAAUUGCAGCAGGAUGACGACGUCAUGCAGCGAACAGGUAAAGCCAAACCCGCCGUUACCGACCGUCUAUCGGGCGAGACCGCAAGGUCCACCUGGAUUACCGAGGCACCCCGUAAAUAAUGGUCCCAUAGGGCAGCCACGACCGGGCCACGGACAGCCUCAAAUCCGUUUCGACAAUCGACAAUCCCCAGGCCAGUUCGCGCAGCUGAGACCCCAGUACGGCCCUCCAAGACAGCCCGUACUUCCUUACCAGCCUCAGAAGCCUCAGCCUCCGGGCCAACAUCCGCCCAACAUCGUGCCACGUUUCCCGCAAUCGCAGUUGCAACGUCCAGGCCCGCCAAGACCACCGCCGCCCCCGUCGCCAUCUGGAAAUUAUCGAGCGCAAAAAUUCCAAGCCGUCCCUCAACGAUCCCAACAACCGAGGCCGGAACAUCCUCAGCAACGGAAUCAGGAUUCGCAGAUUUUGACGAGAUCGCGGUGCGAAAUCGUGCAGAGACAAUCUCGGGAACGAAAUGAGUGUUCGUUGUUGAGCGCUGCCUUCCAACAGAACUUGGAACAGGGGAGGGAAGAGUGGAAGCGAGGACAACAGGUGGCGCGCGUGGUAGUCGACAAAAUGGCGGACGUGGACAACUCGUCCAAGGUGGAACAGUUCGAGACUGUUGUUGUUUCGAGGGAGAAAGGCGAGUUGAGGGGGAACGAGAAAGACGACGACGACGACGUCGUGAUGGAUGAUGGGAGGAGGCCGUCGCCUCGUGCCAACGGGGAUGUUCCAGGCCGAGGCGAUUUCAUCGAGUCGUCGUUGAAGAACGAGGUGAAGAGGCCGGAAACCGCGACGAUGAACGGGGAAAUGGGCGAGAAACCGGACGUGGUUGGCGAGAAACGUAAUAAAGACUCGAACGUGGCCGAAGGUGACAACAGAUUGUCUGGAAAAUUGGACGAAGAAGCGCGUAAAAUAAGACCGUUGGAUAAGAAGGACGUUGACGAUGAUCAGAUGGACGAACCGGAGAGGAAGUUGUUGAAAGAUCAAAAUGAGAAGGAGAACUCGAAUAAGGAGAACGAAAACGCGAAACAGGCGGCGCAGGUCGAUGCGAAUUCCGCUCCAAACAUCGGCAAAGAUCGAGUCAAGAAAGGGAAUUCGAUGAGCGAGGAGAAACUGACGAUGUCUGAUGCGAGUUCCUUGGACGUCAAAGAUCGAGUCGAGAAAGAGAAUUCGAUGAGCGAGGAGAAACUGACGAUGUCUGAUGCGAGUUCCUUGGACGUCAAAGAUCGAGUCGAGAAAGGGAAUUCGAUGAGCGAGGAGAAACUGACGAUGUCUGAUGCGAGUUCCUUGGACGUCAAAGAUCGAGUCGAGAAUUUAAAGAAGGAGGGUGGCACGAGAGUGACGGUACAAGCUGAUAUGCAUUCCGUCUCGCUUACCAAAGAUCAGAUCGAGAAACAGAACUCGAUCAAGAAGGAUGACGCGAGUUCCGUUCCAUCUGUCGAAGAAGACUCAAACAAGGAAAUUAAAGACGCGAAACAAGCCGAUGCCAAUUCCAUUCCAACCGUCGUGGAAGGCAAAGUUGGCGAAAAAUCUGCCGAAGAAAAGAAGUUGGAGCAGAGUUUAAACGCGUCUCCAGAAAAACCAGCGAAACCAGCCGAGGAUGAUAGUCAACAGACGCAAGCUUUAAGCUCUAAACCAAGCUCUGACGAAUGUCCAAUGAAAGAGGAAUCGAAGACGUCUGCUGAUAAAUUAAGCAAUAAUUUGGAGGCGAGUCGAGACGAGGGAGAAACGAAGAAACAAUCGAAAGAAGAUGAACUGACGAAAGUGCAAAGUGGAGAAGAGGCGAAGACGCCAAAGAAGGAAGAAACGAAAGAAGAUCGAAAGGAGAAAAUGGAUUCGAAGCCAGAAAUUAAAUCGGAAAUGAAAUCAGAGGAUGUAAAGGAACAGGACAAAGAUGAAGAGGGAUCGAAAGUGUCUAAAGACACGUCGAUGGAAACGAAUCGAAGCAAGAAGGAGGAGAAGCCAGAAACCAAAGAGGUGCCUAAGCCUUCGAUAUCGUUGGAUCCUGAUCAUUCUCCGAGGGAGAAAGAAUCGAGCGAUUCAUCCGCGGGUUUGGAAAGUGUACUGAAAAAUUCUCAUCCCGUCGAAGAAGAAGAAUCUUUGGAACAGGAAAGCGUCACCGCGAAAAGUCGUCCUGCUUCUGGAAAGGAAGAAGCAAGCGAGACGAAACUUUCAGCAUUAUCAGAGGAUCUAGAGAAGGCUGCGGAAUCAGCAGAAUUGUCGCCUCCUAUGUCUCCCGAGGAGGAAGGUGCGAAGGGUUUCGACAAUGGGCAGCAGAGGUCGUUGUCGAUAAAAUCUUCGCCGAGUCAAAGCCUUCAGUCGCCCGCCUCUCCAAAAUCGCCCAAGUCACCGAAAUCGCCCACCGACGACAAGAGGAAAGUGGCCGAGGGAAAGGUGAAAAGCGAGGAGGAAAAGGAUGGGGAUAAAACGGCAGCUGAAACGUUGAAAAGUUGCGCUUCGAAAUCGGUUGCGGUUAAACGCGCGCCUACGUCCGGUAAACAGGAUAAGAAAUCGAGAAAGAAGUCCUCUACGACACCAGAAGUAGAAAACGGCAGUGUAACAAACGAAUCGGUUCAAUCCAAUGCGGAACCAACGACAAAUGGAGUUGGGGAUUCACCGACGAAAAAGUCACCCUCUAAGACGAAGGAAGCCGAUAAAAGAUCGACAGCUGGAUCACCUGUAAAAUCGCCAAGUAAGUCCGUCAAAUCGUUGCCAAGAACUCCAGAUACUCCUUCGUCGACAACUGCUUUGGAGAAGAAAAAACUGCCUAUGAACAAAAUUCAAGUGGGAUCGGCGCCUUCUCCAAAUCUGAAAACAGUACGAUCGAAAAUCGGCUCGUUGGAAAACGCAAGUUACAAACCAGGCGGUGGAAAGGUGAAAAUAGAGAACAGAAAGCUCGACUUCAGUAAAGCGCAACCGAAAAUCGCCGCGAAAAAUGAGAAAUAUACGCCCAGUGGUGGCGAUAAAAAGAUCGCCCAAAUUAAGCUUCAAUGGAAUGCAAAACCAAAAGUCGGAUCAUUGGAAAAUGCAACGUACAAACCUGGUGGUGGAGACAAAAAAAUAGAAACAGUGAAACUUGAUUUCAAGGAUAAAGCAAAACCAAAAGUAGGCUCGAAGGAAAAUGCCAAACACAUUCCUGGCGGUGGUAGCAUUAAAUCAUCGGCAACACCGCCUAAGACGCCACAGGAUACGAACAACGACAUUCAGACACAAAAAAUUGACAUCAAAGCUGAGAGUAAAGUUGGCUCCUUGGACAACGUGAAGCAUAAGCCAGGAGGUGGCGAUAAAAAAAUCUUCAACGAUAAAGAAUACCUUCGACAAACUGGUACCAAUCCUGAAAGUCUUUGUGGCAGUGGAUCACAGGAACAUAUAGUUGAAGAGAUUAAUUCUUCUCUUGAACAGGUAAAAGAUGAUUUACCACAACCACCACCAAGUACACCAACAAAAAUACAAAAUCUACCAUCACCAUCUUCUAUGGUAACUCCUAAAGCCGUCAGAAGUAGUUUGGCUAAAUCUCCUGAAAUAGGAUCAAAAAAAAAUUCAUCGUCUCUUGAAAUUAUAGAGAAGGAAGAUGGAAACAAGAAAAAUCUAAGUUCAGAAGAUAGAAAUAUAAUGAAAAACAGAACAGCAAAGUCUCCUAUAAUUUCACAUUCUCUUAAUAAUUCUCAAGCGAAAAGUCCAGAAAAUAGAACAAUGAAAUCACCUACUUCUUCGCAUAUUCUUAAUAAUUCUGAAUUAAAAAGUCCAGAAGAUAAAACAAUGAAAUCACCUAUUUCUCCACGUUCCGUUAAUAAUCUUCGAGUAAAAAGUCCAGAUAAAUCUUCCUCUCACAUAUCUGGAAAAAUAUCACCAAAAGAGUUACGGCUUCCAAAAUUGGCACCCUCUCCUACACCACAAGAAAUUACAAUUUCUGAAGUUAAUGCAAAAAUUAAUUUACCAAAAUUGACGGAACGUAUUACGCAUUAAAUUAUUUUUCGUAUAUUUAAAAAUAAACUUGUUAAUUAUUAAGAGAAAAAAUUUUCGUAAGCUGUAAAUGAAUAUUUGC